UUGCGACACUUAUUUUCUAGUUUUCUUUUGUUUUAUUCUUUUCGAUUUUUCUUAAAUUUCCACGAGUAUAAAAGAUCUUUCAAAGUUGGAAAGAACACAAGAGGGAAACUGGUGCACUAGUUUACAGGAUGGCCCUCCUCCUCUCGUCAUACUCAAACUCAUCUCUCUUCUCCGAAAAGCUCACCAGCCCACCUUCUCUUCUCCCCUCUUCUAAUAUCCCAACAUCUGUCUCCUUCUUCUUCAACAAACCUUCUAGAACUCUUCUUCUCGCUUCCACGAAUCUGAAUUUUCAAAGUCCCACAUUCCCCUCCUUAAUCCCAUGCUCUUCCCUUUCAGAACCCACACCCGAACCCGAACCCGAUCCUAACCCCAACCCACCUCCACUCACCAUAACUGACGAAUGGGGAGAACAAGUAGAACCCGAAACCCAACCCGAGUACCCGAAAGGUACGGACGAGGAUCCUCCAAAGGACGACGACGAGUGGGGGGCGGAGUAUGAGUCGGGUGGAAAUGGUAGCGCUGGAGGUUUGGUAGUGGAAAAAGAUGAUAGAAUAGAGGAUUUAAAGAGGUGUUUGGUGGAUACGGUUUAUGGAACUAAAUUCGGGUUUCAGGCCAGCCCCGAAAUUAGGGGAGAGGUUUUGGAGUUAGUUAAUCAGUUGGAGGCUCUGAACCCAACUCCAGCACCCGUGGAUUCUUCUCAGAUACUGGAUGGAACCUGGAUUCUGCUGUACACUGCAUUUUCUGAGUUAUUGCCACUACUGGCAGUGGGUUCAGUACCUUUGCUGAAAGUUGAAAAGAUAUCCCAAGAAGUUGAUACCAGCAACCUCUCCAUUGUGAACUCUACUACAUUGUCCAGCCCUUUUGCCACUUUCUCUUUUAGUGCGUCUGCCUCAUUUGAAGUUCGAAGUUCUUCAAGAAUACAGGUCGAAUUUAGGGAAGGCAGCCUGCAACCUCCAGAGAUAAAUUCCAAAAUUGAUCUCCCAGUAAAUGUAGAUGUUUUUGGUCAGAAUAUCAAUUUGUCGCCUUUGCAGCAGUCUCUCAAUCCUCUGCAGGAGUUGGUGGCAAAUAUUUCAAGAACCAUAUCUGGUCAGCCACCACUUAAGGUUCCUAUUCCAGGUGAUCGAUCAAGGUCCUGGCUUCUAAUAACGUACCUUGAUGAGGAUCUACGAAUCUCUAGAGGAGAUGGCGGUCUUUUUGUUCUAGUUAAAGAAGGAAGUCCACUUCUAGAUUAGUAAGCCAGGUACAAUCUGCAGGGGACUGUUCUAUUUGUAAAGCACAUAAAAGGUAUUCUUGCCAUUUUACCUCUUAUAGAACACAAAAUAGUUUAAAAGGUAAAGAAGAUGCCUCUAUUUCUGCUUGUUGGGAAGCUGGUUAAAAGAUCACAAACUUGAACUGAAACAAUUACAAUCUAGUAAAAAUAUUUGUGUGUUCUGCCUUGUUGGAAGGUUCAGGCUAACGUCAUAUCUGUUAAAGGAAAGGAACUUCCUUGAACUGUUUGAAGAUUUUGUUUGGACUGAAUUCUCUUUCUGAGCCCUGUGAUAAAUCCUGCAAUAAAUUGUAGUAUCAGUUCUUAACAAUGUAUAAGUAUACUACUAAUCUAUAUAUAUAUAUUAAUUUUUGAAAUUUAAAUUUUUUUUGA